CUUGUCACUCCAAAAUCGUUUUGCUCUGAACAUUUUUGAUGUACCAAAAAACCCAAAGAAAGGUUAAUUCGGUAAUUAAGGCGAUUCGAUUCUGGUAUCUCUCGCUUUCUUUACCUUUCUCAAUGCCCAAAGCCCUAACACCUUCUCGCCUCAAGGCCCUCCUCUUAGUCCUCUCUCUCUUCUUCAACCUCUGCCUCCUCUUCUCCCUCCACGCGCCUCAGUUCCAUCUCACGCGCUACUCCUCCUCCUCUUCAUCUCCCACCACGCGCCGCCACCUCGUCUUCGCCAUCGCGUCCUCCUCCCUCUCCUGGCCCCGCCGCAAGCCCUACCUCCGCAUCUGGCACUCCCCGUCCUCCACCCGCGCAUUCGCCUUCCUCGACCGCCCCGCCGAGCCAGGCUCCGGAUAUGACGACGGUGGCGGAGGCGCGGCGGAGAUCGUCUCCGGCGACACCUCCAGGUUCCCGUACACCGUCAAGGGCGGGCUCCGGUCCGCGAUCCGAGUGGCGCGCGUGGUGAAGGAGAUCGUGGACCGCGGCGAGGCGGACGUGCGGUGGUACGUGUUCGGCGACGACGACACGGUGUUCUUCGUCGACAACUUGGUGAGGACGCUGGCGAAGUACGAUCACGAUCGGUGGUACUACAUUGGGGGAAACUCGGAGAGCUACAUGCAGAAUGUCAAGUACGGCUUCGACAUGGCGUUCGGCGGCGGCGGAUUCGCCGUAUCACAUUCUCUGGCUAAGGCCUUGGCUAGGGUUUUCGACUCGUGCUUGAUGAGGUAUGGCCACUUGUACGGCAGUGAUUCCCGCGUUUUUUCAUGCGUGGCGGAGCUCGGCAUUGGCUUAACUCAUGAGCCUGGCUUUCAUCAGGUCGAUAUGCGGGGUAAUUUGUUUGGAAUGCUAUCCGCACAUCCAUUGUCACCUUUGGUUUCGCUUCACCAUUUGGAGGCUGCAGAUUCGAUUUUCCCUAACAUGAACAACACUCAAGCUUUGGAACAUCUUUUUAAGGCGGUGAAUGUUGAUCCUGCCAGGAUAUUGCAGCAAACUGUAUGCUAUGACCGUACACAUUCAUUGACUGUUUCGGUUGCAUGGGGCUAUGCCAUUCAGGUGUAUGAUGGAAAUGAGCUUCUUCCGGACCUUCUUUCCCUGCAGAGAACAUUUAUGCCGUGGAGAAGGAGCCGUAGUGCUGAGGCAAGUCAGUACAUGUUCAAAAUGAGAGAUUAUCCUAGAGAUGCAUGUAAAAGGCCCACUAUCUUUUAUUUGGAAAGUGUUGGCUCUAAUAAGCAUGGCAUCUGGAGCAACUACGCUAGGCACAAUGUGGAAAACUGUUCCAAAGAAAAUGCAAUAAGGAACCUGGAACAUAUCAGAGUUGUGUCGCAGAAGCUAGAGCUUGAUGUUGAAGAGAUGAAGGCUCCUCGUCGUCAGUGCUGCAACAUUGUGCAACCGUCUUUUAAUGAGUCAAUGACUAUCAAUAUUAGACGUUGCAGAGAUGAUGAACUUAUAUCCAUGAAUAUCUAGCAUCCAUCCCUUGGAACAGUUGCACUGAGAAUGGAGGUAUAUGCAGAAUUCGGAGAAUUUGAACUAAUUGUGGUUUAGUGUGGAUUGUGGAAUCUUUUAAAGCUGGAAUUAUGUUUUCUGCUGUCAGGAGGAAGGCGAUGUGCUGGGAGCUGACCAUUUGCCUUCAAAUCAACACAUGGAGCAAAAUUGGAAAAUUAUGAUUUUGAAUGAGUCCUCUGAAAAGAAGAAUGCUAAAUGUGUUGGAGUCUCUUGUCAAAAGGAAGCUAUGAGAAUCUGCAGCUGGUUGUUUUUUGGUGUCUGAUGAGGUUCACUCUUAAAUUUUCCACUUUCUGGCAUCCUUUAUCUUAGAAAUUUCAUGAAUAGAGGGAAUGUAACAAUAACAUCAACCGCCUAUUUGCUAAUUGCUAGUUUAUGGAGAUGAACCCAAGUAUAUGUGGAAAUGUAGGAUUUUGAAUUGACUAAUGAAGUGAGGUAUGUAUUCAUGUUGUAAUCCAUUUUGCCACGUCUAUUAUUGUCAAAGGAGUUUGUGCAGAGUAAGGAUUUUCGAGAGCACUGUGAUUAUAGUCUUCAAUUUGUUGUGCAUUUCCUUUUUGACGAUGAUGACAUUGAUGAUAUUUGGCUGACUUCUGAGAGGAAAUCAGUGAAUG